UUUAGCUAUAGCACACAUCAACCAUUCACGACAUAAGAAGCUGAUUUGAAGCUGCAAAAGGAAAAAGCAAGAAAAAGCAAAGGACUUCCAUUGGUAGCAGGGCAGUGCUGGAACAGAACGGUGGUGAAUAAGGAAACAGGAUUUAUUAUCUUAUUCGUUAAACCUGUCUCUAUGAUUUUGUGGUUUCGUUCGUUUUAUGUAUUGGGUUUGGAACACGACUAGGGCAGUAAUUGGAAUGGUCGUAAACCAAGUUCUUCAGCUGUAACAUUGUGAAUAGAAAAACAUGAGCUCCUAUUUUGUGAACCCUCUCUUUUCCAAGUACAAAGGCGGUGAAACGUUGGAACCAACUUACUAUGACUGCAGGUUCCCUCAAAGCGUCACCCGGAGCCACGCGCUGGUGUACGGUGCAGGAUCGGCGGCGCCAGGCUUUCAGCACCCGCCCCAUCACGUUCAAGACUUCUUCCACAGUGGGACGCCGGGGAUCUCCACACCAGGCUACCAGCAGAAUCCAUGCGCCUUGGCAUGCCAUGGAGAUGCCACAAAAUUUUAUGGAUACGAAGCCCUUCCGAGACAAACGCUUUAUGGCACCCAACAAGAGGCGAGUGUGGCGCAAUACCCAGACUGUAAAUCGUCAAAUGGCACUAACCUCGGAGAAGGACAAGGCCACCUAAAUCAAAACCCGUCUCCUAGUCUCAUGUUUCCAUGGAUGAGACCGCACGCCCCCGGAAGACGCAGUGGCCGACAGACCUACAGUCGAUACCAAACACUGGAGUUGGAGAAGGAAUUUCUCUUCAACCCUUACCUCACCCGUAAGCGUCGGAUCGAGGUGUCUCAUGCUUUAGGGCUGACGGAGCGGCAGGUUAAGAUUUGGUUCCAAAACCGACGGAUGAAAUGGAAAAAGGAGAACAACAAAGACAAAUUUCCGGGCCAAAGAGGAGAGAUGGAGGUGGAGGGAGAGGCAGAGGGCGAGGGUGAGUGCGAAGAUGAAGGCAACGAUGACGGUGAAGGGGAAGAAGGAGACAAAAAGGAAACGGGAGAGGAAGAGGACACAAAAGAGUGAUUUGAAUUGCUAUUUUUAUGAUUACAUGGCUUAAAGUUGAAGAUGGUAGAGAGAGAGGCCCGGAACAUUGAAUUGAGAGAGAGAGAGAGAGAGAGAGAGAGAGAGAGAGAUCACAUUUUAUGACCACCGUUUUAUUGGGUUAACAAGUAAGACAAAUCCUUUAAAGACACAUUUAAAACACAAAAACAAAUAUUCCACAAUACUGACGACGGAUCUUCUAUAGAGAUAUUGCAAUUUAUGCCUGCACAUAGGCUAUUGUAGGCAGCAUAUUAUCCUUACCCAAUCAUAAUGCACUAACUCACAAAUUGGGCACAUCAUUGCGCACAUGUUGUCACACAUCAUGAAACACAUAGAGGCAAAAAUGACAGACAUUAGCCUAGUCGCAAAAUAGAACUCAAUUGAUUCAACAUUACAUUGAUUUCAGUAUUAUUGAAAUAGCCUAUAUAGGCUAAUCUAGCCUAUUGAUAUUUUAAUGCAGUCAUCUCAGUUUUCUUUUUAAGCGAAAUGUUAUCCUUCACUUGUUUGUAACAAUUGUAAAUGCUUUGGCAACUUUGUAUUUGUAGUCAACUUCAUUCUGAAGUUAACGGCAGUUACAGUCAGACAGAUUGCCUAAACAUCUUGAUUUCAUGUUUAUCGGAGAUCUUCUGUGAAUAAAGUCACACGGAAGGGGAAAAAGCGUUUAAGGAUGCACUUUGGCUGCUCUACGAGUGGUCUGGAUCACUUCUACAUGUACGAAGGUUGUUAAGAGCCACGAUACUAACGAAGGCUCUGGGAAACACCUCGGCUAUUAAAGAUACAUCGUAUGAAGGUUCUAAUGAUGAUCUUAACGCUACGAAGGCUCUGGGAAACGAUGCCCAGCUCUGUUUUGCAGAAAAUAACUAUCUUUAGGAGAAUAAUCACUGCUUAUAAUAUCUAGCUUAAAACGAUGCAAAUGCCCACAAAACACAGAGACUAAGCACUAGCAAAACACUCAUAUGGUCCACAGAAUGUACAAGCGGAGGAUGGCUAGAAAUGUUUCAAUGUUCAAUCAAUGUUGUCAUUCGAGGAAAAGGGUUGAUUAUUAAUACACAUUAUUUGUACUUUUUGUGUUUUGUUUUUCCUCCGAAGUAUUAUUUAUGUGAAUUUGUAUGUUUGUUGGGGUGAUGGGAGUUUUUUUUAUUGGCCACUGUCAAUUCCACAUUUGGAGUCAUGAGUAGUCUCUAUAAUGUGGGAAAUUGCAAUAUGGAUUAUUGGUUAGGAGGUACAUUUCAUAAGGGAUAUUUCAUAUUAUUGUCUCAAAUAUACUAUUGUGUGUAUUGUAAUGUAUUUUUUGGAUUGCAACUGCUCGGGCAUAUUCAAUCCGAUAAACCUAUCAAAAACAAAACAAAUAAGAAAUUCUCCAUAUAUUGAAUAUUUAUUGAUUCUUGACCUAAUUUUGAUAAAUCAAAGAUUCUAACCAUAUAGGAAGGCAGCAAUAACUUACGUUUAUGUGAUUAUUAGCCUACUGCUGAUUUGAAUAUCGUGAAAUCAGCCUUUACUGCCUAAAUAGGACGCACUUGGAGGUAAUGCUAAAAUCUACCAACAAAGCUGUAUUGUCAUUAACAAUGUUGAUCUAUACAUUUUUACGAAAGUGACAAGGCAGUCCAAGGACAGGCCUAUAGCUAUAACACAUUUAUUGCAUUUGAUUGCAUGAUACUUAUGGUGCUACUUGUGGCGGUACAGUUCUAGGCCUAUAUUGAUAUAUCUUUGAAACAAGUGUCUCUGCGUCACGUCAUACUAGCUAGUCAGCCAUUGGACUUUGUCACAAACAUUGGUGUCCCAACAACUUAAACUGCCUAAAGUAGCCUAAUGCACAUUUAUUUAACCAACAGCCUAUGUUAUAAUUGAACGAGGAAUUGUACUUCUUCGAAUAUUUCAUAAACUUUUAAACAUUAUUACAUUAUUGUGGUGAUCCAAUAGACUCGUUUUUUUUAUUGCACUGAUGAUGACCUCUACGUAUGUCUUCGUAUAUCUUGUUGUAUUGAUAAGCUUGAUUUCUUAUGUUUUAAGUUAAAGGAGGGGAUGUUGGUUCUGAAUGCACACACCCUUGACAUUGACUUGUUGAAAUAAAUGGCAAAACCUGAA